AUGAAAACAAUAACAAAGAGUCAAUAAAUGGAAAUGGUAGGAGACAUUAAUUAAUUAGGUAAAAAACAAAGCAUUUUAAAUGAGAGAGAAAUGUUAGAAUCAACAAUGAAGAUGUUAAAUCAAACUUCAGUUUUUAAUGCUGAAAAUUUAUCUGCAUUUUCAAUGAAAUGUUAUUGAUCAUCAUUAAAUUUAGCAUUAAUUUUAAAAUCACUUGGCCAAUUUGCAGAAGCUAUUACAUGGGCAGAUAAAGCUUUAAAUAUUGAUCCAAAUCACAUUAAAUCAUUAUAUUGCAAAGGUGAUUGAUUUUAAUAUAAACAUUAGCUAGGUGCUUAUAUAAGCUCGACAAAUAUGAAGAAUCAUAAGAAUGGGUCAAAAAAGUCUUAAAAUAUGAUCCAAAUCAUGCGAAUGCGUAGCGAUGCAAAGGUGGAUAUGUUUAUGUCAUUUUUAAGGGGAAAGUUUAAUUUAAUAAGGACAAUAUUAAUAUGCCUUAACUUGGAUUAACAAGGCCAUAUAAUUUGAAUCCUAAGAAAGCAAUACUAUCAACUCAAAAGGUAAUUAAUUUCGAUAUUCUACUAUUAGCACAUUGACUAUAUCUACUUGCUAAAUACAAUGAAGCAAUUCUUGAAACUGAGAAAGUCUUAGAUAAAGAUCCUUGUCAUUUGA